AACAUUCUCGGAACAUAAACAUUUGUGACGUCACAUCCGACACGGAAGUUGACAAGCGGCACACACGGCGGAGUCUCGUGCGUUAUCGUGAGCCUGGUGACCUACUGUAGCGCCCGGUAGAUAUGCUGAAGGUGCUGCAGGUGUGUGUCCGCCGCCGGCUGUGCGCGUGCGUCGGUCCGGCGGCCGCGGUGCGCGGGUUCAGUAGCGGCUUCGCGGGAAGACUGACCCGAACCGGAGACCGAGGCUGCACCGUGGACCCGAAUCUGGAGGAGCAGUUCGUCUUCGUGGACUGUACAGGUCCAGAAGAGGACCCCCAUCAAGAGGAGAAGGAGCCCCUCCGUCAGCUCAGCGUCUCCUCUACUGCUAAAGAAUCCCCUCCUGAAGGAGCCGUCUCCCCUCACAAGCAGCUCAGGUCCUUGGAGCUGCAGCUGCAGGCGUUGGGGAGCGUCCCCCUGCAGAAUGUGGCGCCAGAAUCCCUCAUCCAGUUCCAGGACAGGGACUUCCCUCUGGAUGAGAGCAUCCUCUCUGCAGAUUCCAAGAAGAAGAAGAAGAGGAGGGUGGAGGCAAAAGGCGUGCACAAGGUUUUUGGGAGCCCGGACGUGGACGAGCCCGUCAGCGACACCUGUUGCUCGGGUUGCGGUGCUGUGAUGCACUGCGUUGCUGUAGACGUCCCUGGAUACCUGCCCAGCGAGAAAUACAAGACACUGUUGAUGGAGGGCCAGCUGGGCGGAGCCAUCUGCCAACGCUGCCAUCUGCUAACCCACCACCACAAAGCGCUGAACCUGCAGCUGACCAGAGACCAGUACCGGGAGGUGGUGCAGCAGAUCCGGCCUCACAGGGCUCUAGUGCUGCUCAUCGUGGACCUUCUGGAUCUCCCCGACUCGAUCGUGCCCGACCUGUCGGGCCUGGUAGGCACCAACAAACACAUUGUCGUGCUCGGAAACAAGGUCGACCUGCUGCCAGGCGACUCGCCAAACUACCUUCAAAGAAUCAAGCGGCAGCUCUCUGAGUACUGCAGGGAAGCUGGCUUUGGCAGUCAGGUGACGGACGUCCACCUGAUCAGCGCCAAGACCGGCUACGGCGUGGAGGCCCUGAUCUCCAGCCUGCAGAGGUCCUGGAAGUACAAAGGAGACGUGUACCUUGUGGGCAGUGCCAACGUGGGGAAGUCCAGUCUUUUCAACACGCUGCUGGAGUCGGACUACUGCAAGUCCAGAGCUUCAGACGUCAUUCACAAAGCCACCAUCUCGCCGUGGCCCGGGACCACUCUGAACCUGCUGAAGUUUCCCAUCAUCAACCCGACGCCAUACAGGAUGUUCAGGCGCCAGAAGCGCUUGAAGGAGGCGGAGCAGCAGACGGAGAACGAGCUGACACAGCAAGAGCUGAAGAGGCUGCAGAACUUCAGCCGGCAGGGGUACUUAUUGGGUCGAGUAGGGCGGACAUUUCGAUCCGAUGAACCCAAAAGAGACGAGAUUGAGUUUGAUCCGGACAGUUUGGCGUUCGGCGAAGAUGGAGAGCCAGCAAAGACAACUGUCCAGCAGUCACAUGACAAGCUCAGUCACAACGAGCUGAAGGACGCCCACUGGCUGUUCGACACGCCGGGGAUCAUCAAGGACCAUGAUAUCCUCCAUCUGCUGCAGGAGAAGGAAGUCCAGGUGGUGGUUCCGACUCGCGCCGUGGUCCCGAGGACCUUCGUGUUGCAGCCCGGCAUGUCUCUUUUUGUGGGAGCUUUGUUCAGGAUAGACUUCCUGCAGGGGGAGAAGUCCUGCUGGUUUUCUGUCAUGGCCUCCAGUCUGGUUCCAGUCCAUAUCACCAGUCUAGAUAAAGCUGACAGCAUUUAUGAAAAACACGCUGGACACGUCCUGCUGGGGGUUCCUACAGGGGGAUCGGAGCGGAUGAAAACCUUUCCAGCGCUGGUUCAUCAGGAUUUCUCCUUAGAGGGUCGAGGUUACCUGGAAGCUGCAGCGGACAUCAAACUGUCAUCAGCAGGUUGGGUGGCUGUGACGGCGGUGGAGGGAAAGCAGCUGCAGCUCCGGGUUCACGGGCCACUCGGCACCGGUUUUGGACUGCGAACGCCACCGCUGCUUCCUCAUGUUGUAAAUCUGAAGGGAGAACGGAUCAGAAAAUCCCCCGCCUACAAAACCAUAACGGUUUCUGGGCUUCUGACUGGAGGACUGUCAGCGACAGGGGCUGAGCGGCUGCAGGGACUAAAGCAGGUUUCUUCAUGCAACACUGGAGCAGAACCCACACCGGUGUGUUCAGGAGGGUCAGCCGGAGUGAGACACAGCAACACAACAACUGAGCACAACACCACAAGCAGUUUGUCAGGUUACCGUGUUAAUCCCAGCGGAUAGCUUCAGGACAGAGAGAGAUGAUUGCGGGUUGCUGGAGCCUGUCCCUGUGACCAUUGGAUGAAGAGGUACACCGGGGACUGGUCACCAGCCUGUGGAGCGGCCCCCAGUAGGCUGACUGGCGAGCAGACAGGAGUGCAGCUGCAGGUCCUGAACUUUAUUUUCUUCUUAUUUCCAUCGAGACAAUAAUAAAAAGAUCCUUUUUU